AUGGCCGGUGAAAAGUCCCAAAACCAAUUCGUUGUUGACUUCCUUAUGGGUGGUGUUUCCGCUGCCGUCUCCAAGACUGCUGCUGCCCCUAUUGAACGUAUCAAGCUCUUGAUCCAAAACCAAGAUGAGAUGAUCAAGCAAGGUCGUCUUGCUACUCCCUACAAGGGCAUUGGCGAUUGCUUUGCUCGUACCAUGAAGGAUGAAGGUGUUGUCUCUUUCUGGCGCGGUAACACUGCCAACAUUAUCCGUUACUUCCCUACCCAAGCCUUGAACUUUGCUUUCAAGGACAAGUUCAAGCGUAUGUUCAACAAGGAUAAGAAGAAGGAUGGUUAUUGGGCCUGGUUCGCCGGUAACUUGGCUUCUGGUGGUGCUGCUGGUGCCUCUUCUCUUUUCUUCGUCUACUCCCUUGAUUAUGCUCGUACUCGUCUUGCUAACGAUGCUAAGGCUGCCAAGGGUGGUGGAGACCGCCAAUUCAAUGGUCUUGUUGAUGUCUACCGCAAGACCUUGAAGUCUGAUGGUAUUGCUGGUUUGUACCGUGGUUUCACCAUCUCUUGUGUUGGUAUCAUUGUCUACCGUGGUCUUUACUUUGGUAUGUACGACUCCCUCAAGCCCGCUCUUCCUGAGAACCUCCAAAAGAACUUCUUGGCCUCUUUCUUGCUUGGCUGGGCUGUUACCACUGGUGCUGGUCUUGCUUCUUACCCCAUUGAUACCGUCCGCAGACGUAUGAUGAUGACUUCUGGUGCUGCUGUCAAGUAUGACUCUUCUCUUCACGCCUUCAAGGAAAUCGUUGCCAACGAGGGUGCCAAGUCUCUCUUCAAGGGUGCUGGUGCUAACAUCCUCCGUGCCAUUGCUGGUGCUGGUGUCUUGUCUGGUUAUGAUGCCCUUCAAGAAAUCCUCUUUGGCAAGAAGUUCUAA